AUGGCUUUCCAUCAGCCAACCCGGCAGCAAGUUUCUCAGAGAGUGUUCUGCCCCUCUGUUGAAGAGGAAGAAGCGCCGCAUGCUCCCCAGACAGACCCUCAGGCCAUCGAAGAAUCACAGACUUGGGUCCUGUUCUCCCCCGCUACCGACGCCGGCACCACCACAUCGUAUCUUACCGAAACGCACAAUUCCAAAUCGACUCUCGGCCGUUCGCGUUUAAGUGACCUUGGAAGUCUCAAUACCAUUGCGCGAUCGGAACAGCCACAAUCCGCAAGUAUCGUCGACGAGGAGGAUGAAGAUGCGGAGCUCGACAGUCUAGACAGCCACUUACCCGAAUUCCGCUCGAACCCGAACGUCUUUAACCCCUCGCAGCUGCUCCCCCAUGCGACACCUGUCGUGCCGGCCCAUGAUGGCCUCGGCUCGUUUCGCCUGGACCAGGAAGGGAUGGGUGCAGAUGUGCAAGAUCGGUUAUACGCAUUUGAACAGUACAACCCUCAUCGGGUGAAGCGGAGGCGUGAGAGCCUCGACCUAGCCCAUAAUGUGCUCGAAAACGAACAGGAGCAGGAGAUGGACAAAAUGCGUCGCAUUGAGAGCUGGAGGUUGGAACACAGUCGGUAUCUCCUGGAGGAAAUUCGGAAAGAAGCAACUCGGCGCAAAACUUCCAUUACCAGUGUAUUAAGCACUCGUCUCGCUGAUCAGAAGGCGGAAGAGCGUGCAACGCUAGGGGCCUUGAGUGGUGUGGAUGUCGACAUAGCAGACCAAGGAGAAGCUUGGCACGACCAACAAGCAAGUGAUCUGGAAGGAGAUGAUGAGAGUAUAUGGAGUCGCAUCACUCGUAAGGUCAUUCGUGAUCUUAUGGGUAUUGAUGACAAACUGCUCUCGGUUCUGUUUGGAGAAAGUCUGCCCGACGAGGACGAUUUAUCCACAACACCUAAAGCCUCUACAUUGGUCCAAGAACGCGGCGAGAUCGCAGUGGAAAGUUCAACGAAUUCCACCUGGCAACUUCACAUUUUGGAACGAGUCGCAAAAGAACUGGGACUGUUCGUGAACCAGUUGUCUGAACACCCAGGCGCCUUCUCCACAUUCAGCAGAGCGCAGCAGACUGCCAUCCCAUAUGCUGGAUUGCCACCGAUUAUAGAGUCAGCCUAUGAUGUGCCGCAAAACCUGGCACCACAAGAAGUCCCAGCAACAAUACCAGAAUUCGAACCGACAGUUAUGCCUCAAUCACGGCCAAUUGCUGUGCCUUCUGUGCGGACAAUUCCCGGCUCAACUCAUCAGACGACGGGGGAGCAAGGUUCAAAUGCCACGGCUUUCACCCAAGAUGAGUGGGAAAAAGAUCUGGAUGUCAGGCUGGUUUUCAAAUACCUGCGCUCACGAUUCAUGUCACGUUCAAAUAGCUCAGGAGCAAUCGCGGGAAACCCUUAUCUCGCCACAGCGAGCACGCAAGAUGCGGCGGCCAAGGCUGCGAGAGUAAGGCAACAUCACCCGUUGAUGAGGGCCCGCCCUUCGGACCGGCGAGCUUUCAAGGCUGUGGCGCCUUCGAGUCCAGUCCUUUUCAGACCUGCGUCGAGUUGUGCUAGUCAAAGCACCCGGAUCUCGGUGCGGAAGAGCAGCUGCUCCUCCCGGCAUUCAUCCCGCCACUACUGGGACAUUGGUGCCGGCUCGGUAGGCACUGGGUCGUUGAUUGCAGCUGCUGGGCCCAUGGGAAGCUGGGGCGAGGUUUGA